UUGACAUCUUCCUUUUUGGAAAUCUUUUAACAUUUAAUCGACAAGAUUUAAUCUCCUUUAUCAUCUAAUGCUGUUCUUCCUUUUUCGAACAACCAACGAGAGUCAAGUCGGUUUCUGUUUCUCUGUUUUCUCCUCCCAGAGGACCCAGAUAUUUCAUUCGUUAAUGCAUUCCCCUUCUUCUCAUUCAUAUCCUUCUAAUCAGAUACAGAUUAGGGAUCGCCAGUCUACCGAAACUCACUUCUCGUUGUUGAAAGGGAAAGCCGUUUUUGUAAUGAUGCAAAAAACGAGAUGAGAACAAGAAAGAAAGGUGGAAAAUGAGGCUAAAAAACUCUGUUGAUACAUGUCAUUAUACAUUUAUGCCAUAUCCCCAGAAAGGGGAAAUAAAGAUCUUACUGGAAGAGAUCCUCACUUCCUUUAUGAUCCGCUCAUGCUCCUUGUAACGUAGCUGCUUUGAAGAAUAGAUGGAAAGUGGUGCUAAUCGCGGUAAUAAUGAGAGUUCUAACAUUUAUAAGGAUUCUUCGUGGUUCAGUCAAUUCCGGAAUGCAUCCAAUCCUUGGAUGGCAAGAUAUGUCUAUGCCUUGAUUUUUCUAGUCGCAAAUCUGCUAGCAUGGGCAGCUCGUGAUUUUGGCCACGGUGCUUUAAUCGAAAUGAAGAGAUUGGAAGGAUGCAAUGGUGGGAAAGACUGUUUGGGUGCGGAAGGCGUUCUGCGGGUGAGCUUGGGUUGCUUUAUAUUUUAUAUCAUAAUGUUUUUGUCAACUGCUCGUACUUCUAAAUUGAAUGAAGCCAGAGACAACUGGCACUCCGGGUGGUGGUCAGUCAAGAGUGUUCUUUGGGUCGGAACGACAAUCAUCCCAUUUCUACUUCCUUCUGGCGUGAUUCAGCUCUAUGGGGAGAUUGCACACUUUGGAGCCGGGGUUUUCCUUCUUAUUCAACUAAUAAGCAUAAUCAGCUUCAUUACAUGGCUGAACGAUUGUUGCACAUCUGAAAAAAAUGCAGAAAGAUGUCAAAUCCAUGUGAUGUUAUUUGCUACCACUGCUUAUGUUAUUUGCUUGGUGGGGAUCAUUUUAAUGUUCAUUUGGUAUGCACCACAACCAUCUUGCCUCCUCAACAUUUUCUUCAUCACCUGGACCUUAGUACUUCUUCAGCUCAUGACAAGUGUGUCUCUGCACCCAAAAGUGAAUGCUGGCAUUCUAACUCCAGGGCUCAUGGGUCUUUAUGUUGUAUUCCUAUGCUGGUGCGCAAUUAGAAGUGAACCGGCAGGAGAUAACUGCAUCAGGAAGUCAGACUCUGCAACCAAAACUGACUGGCUUAGCAUCAUCAGCUUUAUUGUUGCAGUGCUGGCAAUCGUUGUUGCAACGUUUUCAACAGGCAUAGAUUCUAAGUGCUUUCAGUUCAGGAAAGACGAUACACCAGCAGAAGAUGAUGUUCCAUAUGGUUAUGGCUUCUUCCAUUUUGUUUUUGCCACCGGAGCAAUGUACUUUGCAAUGCUUUUGAUUGGCUGGAAUAGUCACCAUGUUAUGAGAAAAUGGACAAUUGAUGUAGGCUGGACCAGCACAUGGGUUAGAAUAGUUAAUGAAUGGCUGGCAGUUUGUGUUUACUUAUGGAUGCUGAUAGCUCCAGUCAUAUGGAAGAGCAGACAUAAUGAUUCCACAUGAGAACUUCCAAAAUAUCCUAUUCUCUCCAAGAUUUUAUCAUUGGUGGAGGCCUUCGCUCUCCAGAUUGUCCCGUUUAUCUGCUGCACAUGCAGUGGACUCCUCCAAUUCUGCCUGAUCGAAAACAGAGCUGCAACACACAGGAAACAUCUCUGGCAGAAGGCACGAUUCUACAGCUAUGCACAUAUGAAGAUUGGAUUCCCCCCCCCCCCUUUAUAUGAGAUAUUUAGCCCCCUUCCUCCAUAGAAAAGAUACAAGAUAUCAUGCUUUCUAGGCAAAUGCUUCUGUACGUGCAUCGCUGAGGGAGCAUGAUGUUUGUAAAAUCAUUUAAAGGAUGCUUAUUAGAAAUUUUAGUGUUUAAUCAAAAUUGAAGAAGUCAAUUUUGAAAAAUAGAUAUAAAAUGUAAUUUUUUUCCCCUUGAAUUAUGAUGCUUAAUCAUAGCAGACGGUGAAGUCUCAACUGU